AUGUCAGUUAGAAGCGGAGUGACGCAUAGUCCUGUGGAUAACACGAAAGUCACCGUCGAAGAUAUGUCUGUGGGAGAUAACCACGGAAUCAGAAUGGAGAUAGUCAAUUGUCCACUGCAUUUGAUAAUAUCAUUCUGCGACUUGAAGACAGUCCGGAUGAUCAGAUACGUAAUUUGCCUUACACUGGAAUCUGCAAAGGAGGAGGCCCGGGUAUCCAUUGACCAGGAUAGCUAUUCUAUUUUUGAAGAGAUUUCUAUGACUUCGGAGCAAUUGCGCAAUGUUUUGCCAUUAGUGAGUCGUAACAGCAGUUUUAUGCAAAUGGUAGCAGACGAAAUUGGUUGUGAGAUUUCUGAGGUAGAUUUUCUCAAGUCGCAGAUGACUGAACGAGAAGAGAGCAUCAAAUGCCUACAAAACCUCAACUGUCAACUGCAAAGUUAG